CACACGUAACCCCUCCACACACAUGUCCUCUUUCACAGGCUUUCAACACCUCACCCUCAAACACAAGUCAAGCUGUCAAAGACUGUUGAAGUCUGAAGAUCUAUCCUCUAUACCUUAUGGAUUCUCUCCAUGGCUCCACAGGAACCCAAUCCUAUUUCCCCGCCCGCUCUGUGCUGUUCCGGAAGGAAUCGAGUGGAGUGUCCUAUCGCAUACCCGCUCUGAUCUUCUUGCAGCGCUCCUCCUGCUUCCUUGCCUUCUGUGAGGAGAGACUCGGCCCUAAUGAUUCCCAGGCUCACCUGCUUGUCAUGCGCAAGGGCGUCUUCUACAGGAACUAUGUAGAGUGGCAAGACAUGCGAGUCCUUACCACGGCCCGUCUAAAAGGCUACCGCUCAAUGAACCCUUGUCCUGUGUAUGACACCUUCACCGGAACGCUGUUCCUCUUUUUCAUCGCGGUGCUUGGUCACACCACAGAGACGUACCAGCUGGUGACGGGCAACAAUGUCACUAGACUCUGCUACGUGCGCAGUGAGGACUAUGGAGAGACAUGGAGUCCUGCUACUGACCUCACUACAACGGUCAUAGCUGAUACAAUUAAAGAGUGGGCUACCUUUGCUCUCGGCCCAGGUCAUGGGAUCCAGUUAAAGUCGGGCCGUCUGCUGAUCCCAGCAUAUGCCUACCACAUUGACUGCAGGCACUGUUUCGGAAGGAUUUGCAAAACCACUCCCCACUCCUUCUGCUUCCACAGUGAUACACAUGGCAUGACGUGGCAUUUCGGCAGCACAGUGCCAGAGCCUGCGUGUGUGGAGUGUCAGGUGGUCUCGGUGGAUGAAGAGGAUGGGACCAAUCUGCUCUACUGUAACGCCCGUAGUAGCCUCGGCUCUCGCGUUCAGGCCCUCAGUUUUGAUAAUGGCGCCAUUUUCCAAAAAGGACAACUGGUGCACAGGCUUGUUGAGCCUAGAAAUGGCUGUCACGGAAGUGUGAUUGGCUUUCCUGCACCUUUCAAAAUCCCCCAGAAGACCAAAUUGGAUGAAGUCCAGGUCCAAGAGGCGGGGUCCAUGACUAACUCACCUUCCACUGAAGCAAACACUUUCCAGAAUUUUCUAACACCAACAUGGGUGGUGUAUGGCCAUCCAACCUGGACUAACGCUCGCCGGGAUCUUGGCUUGUACCUUAGUUUGCGACCCCGUGACCCGGAUAGCUGGACAGGGCCAUGGGUCAUCUAUGAGGGUCCGAGUGCAUACUCAGACCUGGCCUAUAUGGACAUGGCAUCUACUGGGGCACCACCAGUUCCUGCUUUUGCCUGUUUGUUUGAAAAUGGCAGUAGUACAGCAUAUGAUGAGAUUUCAUUUUGCAUCUUUACACUGUUUGAGCUUAUUAAUAACCUCCCCCCGGUCCCGCCGGUCCUACCACAACUGAGAAGUGUAAAAGUAGCAGAGAAAAAGUGGAGAAGGAAGAAGAAGAGAGGGUGUCAGUUUUGUAAAGUGUGUUAGCAGCAGUACUGUAUAUGUAAACUGGUCAGAUAUGCUAUUUAUAACUAGUACGCAAUAAAUCUAGCAACACUUACUUUGUUUUUAAGUCUUAAAUUAGAGGAUUAGAGGUUUCUAAUAUGGAUACGUAAAAACAUAUUUGGGAGGUAUAAACAAAAUCGCUUCUGAGUUUAAUCAGAGACACCAUAACUCAGAGAUAAGAAAGAUUUAGCAAUAACAAAAAGCAAAGCUGACAAACUCAUGGCCUUUGGGCUGAGCAUGGAACGCUGCCCUUUUUGCUUCAGCUUGCACACACAUGCAAAAUAAAAAAUAUUGGAACGUACUGUAUUACUGUUAUUCCAGCUUUUUGCACAGUUUCGAAUUUUUCUAUAAAUCUGUCACAUUGACUACCCACCCACGAAGAGCAGGUGUUAGAUCACGUCUCACAGUGUUGAAACACUGGAUAAAAUCAAGCUGGACCAGGCUUGACUGAACCAUGUCUAGAAAAAUCAGGAGGUUCAAAAAUCUGUCAGGAAUUGGCCUAAGCCUAAUUAAGUGAUUGAUUUCAAAACUCCAAACUCAAAAAAAAAAAAAAAACAGGUGAACAUGAGGAUAAGAGGACAUGCAGAAAGGACAUGCAUAAUCCAUACAGAGGAACAUCUGGGACGUGAACGUCUUAAACCACUUAAUCAUUUACAUUUCAAUUUUGUUUACAUACCAGUUUAUCAGUGGUCAUGAUCAAGGCUUAUCACACGUUAAUAGUUUCAGUUAUUAUUUUCAUGUUACUCAUUUUUUAGUAACAAAUAAAAUAUACUUUAUUUAGUAAUGAAUAUUAGUUAUUGGUUGAUUUUUAGAUCGUAGCCCUUCAAACGAAAUGCAGCUGUGACACCAUUACAAAUUUAGUUUAUUUAUUUAUUUAUUUAUUUAUUUAAUUUAGCAUAAUGUCCUUAUGUCUGCAUUACUGUAUAUGAAACCAUAUAGAAAAACUCCAUGGCAACUCCAUAAAUGAAGGUUAAUUAAUAAAACUCUUCAACUGCCUGUACGUUUCCAUUAUAGGUAAGUUUCAGUUUGUCUUCAUUUUAGAAGAUAAAUUUUCUGUCUUUAACAAAACAUUUCAUUUGAAAACUGCAAUGUACUGUAACCGUCGCAUGAUGGUUGAAUGCAGCGAUACUUCCUGUUCAGAACAGCAGGCUGGUGUAGGUGGUUAAAAUGUGUUCAGCGGCUUUUCUGAGAAUACUGAAGACACGAAAUGGAUGUUAAGACUCUAGUAUUGAUCUCUGUAAACUCUGUCACUCCGGCAGUAAUCAAUGACAGGUAUGUGUUGCUCGAAUUUACGAUACAUUCUGUGUAUUACAUUACAUUAUAUGAUUUGGAUGUUGUGCAAACACCAGGUUAUAUAGUUGUGGUGAGAUUUUCUUAUAGCUACAACACUGCGAAGAUGCAUGAGCUAAUGGUCACAGAGACAUGAGAUGCAUGUGUGUGUGUAUAUAUGUUUGUGUGUGUGUGUGUGCAAUGUGUGAAGCUGUUGCAUUUGCUUUGUCUGAUUCGAUCUGCUAUAGUUGCUGCAAUGUUAUAACCUUAGGGGACGACUGAUGGACAUGCGGUUGGUUGACGACUGAUGAUGCUGUAAACUGAAGUUUUUGUAUUGUUUAUAAUGUUUCUGAAUUAAAAA